AUGGCUGCAGACCCUAUGAGAGCCCCGCCGAAGGCGAUGGACUCCGUUACGCAGCAGAUAGGAAAUACCCCGCUGGUGCGACUUAACAGGAUCCCAAAGAGCCUUGGAAUAGAGGCAACUGUAUACGCAAAAGUUGAGUUUUUUAAUGCUGGAGGGAGCGUUAAGGAUCGAAUUGCCCUGCGCAUGAUCGAGGAGGCCGAGCGGGCGGGGAGGAUAAAGCCUGGAGAUACUCUGAUCGAACCCACCAGCGGCAACACUGGUAUCGGGUUAGCACUCGUCGGCGCUGUCAAAGGCUACAAGACCAUCAUUACGCUCCCAGAAAAAAUGUCGGCGGAAAAAGUUGCAGUUCUCCGUGCCCUGAAUGCUACAAUCAUCCGCACGCCAAACGAGGCGGCGCAUGAUUCUCCGGAAUCCCAUAUCGGAGUUGCGAAGCGUCUAGAAAAGGAGCUACCGAAUGCACACAUCUUAGACCAGUAUGGGAAUGUAGACAACCCCUUGGCCCACGAAUUCGGCACUGCGCAGGAGAUUUGGGCGCAGACUAACGGCAAGAUAACAGCGGUUGUUGCCGGCGCAGGAACCGGUGGAACAGUCAGCGGCAUCGCCCAUGGGCUGAAGAAGCACAAUCCCAAUAUCAAGGUCAUCGGUGCCGACCCUCAAGGUUCCAUCCUAGCGCUACCAGAAUCCCUAAACGAGGAGCAUAAGAACGAGCCCUAUAAAGUCGAAGGCAUUGGAUAUGAUUUUAUCCCGGAAGUGCUUGACCAAAAAAUUGUUGACACAUGGUAUAAGACAGAUGACAAGCACUCGUUCAAGUUUGCUAGGCGACUGAUCGCCGAGGAAGGCUUGUUGGUUGGCGGAAGCAGCGGCAGCGCCAUCGCCGCAUUGGCCCAGGCUGCAAAGGACUCCCAAUUCAACAAAGAUGAUAUUGUAGUAGUGGUGCUUCCUGAUAGUAUUCGAAGCUAUCUUACAAAAUUCGCCGACGAUGACUGGCUCGCGGCCAACGAUCUCCUCCCCGCAACGCCCGAAGCCACCCCUCCUUCUCCUGCAGUCCAACCAAAAGGCCCUCGAGACCAGUUUGCUGGUGCGAGUGUCAAAGCUCUGAGACUCAAGCCUGUGACGACAGUAUCUUCGGACACUGCGUGUGAGGUUGCCAUCGAAAUAAUGCGCGAGAAGGGCUUUGACCAGCUGCCAGUACUCGCAGCCGCUGGUCGUCGACUGGUGGGCCUCAUCACACUGGGAAACAUUCUAAGCUGGAUCGCACGCGGACGAGCAACUGGCAAAACUCCCGUUUCAGACGUCAUGUUUGAUUUCUCCAAAUUCUCCGAGGUCGUCACUGAUUCUCGCGACUUGAGCAAACUGGAUAACGCCUCGGCAGGGCUGAAAGAGAAAGAGAACCGCCAGUUCAUUGAAAUUACUCUUGAUACUCCCCUCAGCACAUUGAACCGGUUCUUUGAAUGGAACAGUGCUGCAGUGGUUACUGAAAAAGACGAGAGUGGUAAUAUGAAGCCUGUGGCUGUCGCAACUAAAGUUGAUUUGCUGACAUGGUUGCUACACCAUACAAAUGUUGAUUCCUGA